UUGAAGGUUGAAAGCUGUCAAGCUAGACAGAAGACUGAGCUCUUGUACCGGAAAUCACGUUGAUUUCUUUCAUCUUCAGAUAUUACGACAUCAUUUCUACCUACUUCCUUGCCAUCCACUGUUUGCUUAGUAACAAAGUCAAGAGGCGAGCCUGAAGUGGCCCUGAAGCUCGGCCGUUGCGUGUGCCGGAGCAGCCUGCAGGAGGCAAUGCUGAUGAGUCGCUGUUGCAGCAUCUACAAUUCUAAUAAAAAGGAUCUUUUAACCCCAAUAGAGUAACUUAUGUCCAAACUCUCAACAACAUCAACCGCGAAAGAUCUUGCCGGAUUUAGUUUACUUUAUUUAGGUGAUGCGCAUCGCAUUUGUCUCGCGUGCAUUUUCUUGAGAUUCGCCCCGAAGCGGUAGCCCCUCUCUCAUCAUCGCAGCCUUCCACUCCCGAUUCCCGAAUGCGCCCAGGACUCGAGUGCACCCCUUCAUGAUGGCCGGCCCGGUUGAUUCAAAGAGAGAGUUGGAGCUCAUAGAGAAGGUCGAGUGGAGGAUUCUCUCGGCUUCUUCGGACGAGGAGAAGCUACAGCAGCUGCUGAAGGUGUACCUGGCCCCAUUACUCCUGAAGGCCGGGAGCGGCCAUGUCUCGGUCCGCAACAAGGUCAUAUCGACAUGUCAGACUAUCAACAAGCUCAUCAAAUCUCCGAGCAUUAUCCUACCCGUGGCUGCCCUCCUUGACCAGUACAAGGCCACAGAACAAUCCCUGAUCAAGCACUUCGACUUGAUCUACAUCCAGCACAGCGUCCGGAAGCUAGACGUCGACGAGCAUCGAGCUCUGCUCCCUAAGGCUCUGCGCGGCAUCAGCAGCGAGCCGGCAUCAUCGGCCAGCCAACUCUUUAACGUCAUUCUGCGGAUGCUCCCCGCUGUCAGGAUCCCUCCGCGCGGAAGCAAGGAGGAUGUUGACUUCCGGGAAGCCAUGGGCUUAACAAACCCGCAGGAUGCCAGGUUCGUCGCCGAUUGGUUCGGGAAGUUGCUGCUGUUGAAGGCCAACGCGUCUGGCUCGGCGGAGUCGCCCGGCUUGUCAGACGAAGACAUCCAUUUCCUGACUGUGGGUAAGCCCGGGACUUGGGACCCUGCUGCGGGCGGGCUCACGCUUUCCGAGGCUCGGAUCCAGGUGGUCAACUUGCUCGCGAGCGGGGCCUUUACCGACGAAGAGAAGUUCAUUCCCGCCAUCUACGCGGCGUCGAGCCCCGACUACCGCGUCGCUGGUGUUGGGGAUGACCUUUUGAAGCGAAGUUCGGUCUCGCUCGAGGACAAGGGCCUGAUCCAGGAGCUCUUCCAAGCCCACGCGGCGCUGCCGGCGCCAUAUCGGAUCCGCAUUCUUGGGGUGCUCAGCAAGUCAGAGGUAGCGACCACCUUCGCCGACGAGGUCCUCGCUGCCUUCCGCCGUAACGUCGCCAGGCCAGCCGAGGCGGGCGAUGCAAUGCAGGUAGACGGCCAGCCGGCACCCGCCAAGUCACUAGGACUGGAACAGAACAGGCUUCAUCGGGCAUUGUUCGAAUAUAUCAACUGGGUGGCCCGAAUCGGCUCUGCGAAGACAGACUAUAACAAGAUAGGGCCACCGCUGAUCGAGAUGCUCAGGGCCUUUAUCGCCGACCAAGGCUGGCCCAAGCCCAAACGGCAAUCAGUUGACGAGAACACGCUGCGGUCCCGGGCGUACGAGACCAUCGGCAUCCUCGCCAAGGGCACGUCCAUGUCGAACACCGAGCGACUGUCCCUGGCCGGGUGGCUGUUCCGCUCCCUCUCCGAGGACCCGACCCCGGAUGUCGUGGUCAACAUCGACGGUGCACUUUCGAGCCUUACAAGCCUGUUCAAGCCCCCGCACGACCUCGUCGUCACCGCCCAGCUGCAGUCCAUCCUGCUGAGCUACAUGACGGCCAGGGAUGACGAUCCCGAAGUUGUCAGGAGCGCCCGGCAUGCCGUGGCCAAGUGGGCAAACCACUGCCUUCCCUUCUCCGACCUGUAUGCGCGGUGGAUCGAUAUUCUCGCGGUGGCCGGGCGUCCCGACGAGCGCAGCGACGUAGUCGAGGAGGGCCAGAAGGGACUGGACCCCUGGACAUACUACGCGAACGACGACAAGUCGAACGCCCUGCCUGACUGGAAGGAGAUGGUCCCGAUGUUCUUCAAACAGGCCAUCGUGCCGUUCCACACUUCCUCUCUGUUCGGCGGCCAGGACCGGGGCAUGGAUAUCGACGAUAGGGGUGUCUUUGUCAACUUCCCCGCGGAAUCGCUCCCGGCCUUCCCCGUCGCGGUCGAUUACUGCAAGCGCAUCAUGUUCCUGGCGGCGCUCAAGGACUUUGACGUCGAGCCGGGGUGGGAAAGGCGGCUGGGCGCGCUCGUGCAGUCGGACCUCGCCAGCCGCAACACCAUCCGGGCGUACCUGUCGUCAGAAGCACGCCAGGAGCAGGCGCUCGUCAAGCUCCUUCGCGCCGCGUUCGAGGGAAUGGUGAAGGACGAUGCCAGGAUCGCGGAGCCAUGCGCACAGUCGUUUGUGGACAUCGCGUCGCUCUCUCCCAAGGCCGUGCUGGAGCCCCUGGCAUCUCGCUCAAGCGAGCUGCUGGGCCUCGUCAAGUCAAACAAGAAGGAGCUGCGGGUUCUGGGUGCAAAGGCCUAUGGGAUCCUCGCGGCCCAUCCAUCCAACUCGGCCGAGGCCGUCGCUAGUUUCAAGGCCACACUGGGCAGCAUGAUCGGGAACUUUACGAGAGCGGUGGGGUCGGAACUAAAUGCGGUUGAGGGCGCGUUCCUUGCCCUAGCUCAUCUCGUCUCGAAGCGCAUUUACUACUCUGUGGAGGCGAGCACGAACCUCACUUCCAACCUCAGCCAGGUAUUGCCGACGCUCGACUCUGUGUCUUCGGCUACCGUGUCGACUCAAGAGGCGCUGCUGGAAGCCUACUCGCAGCUCUGGACGGCUGGUGUCCAGAUGGGUCCGGAAGCAGCAGACGGGGCUUCUCUGUCGAAAGCCUUCAUCGAUCCACUGGUGUCCCUUGCCAGGAAGGGCAACGAGAAGGCGAUCACGGCUCUUGGGCGACUGGCGAUCCCGCUGCCGACGACGGACUCAGCAGCCGAGAUCCUCGAUUCGAUCCUCGAGAAGCUUUACGCUCUUCACGAAAGUAAGCAGGUUGAGGUGCAGUUCGCUGUUGGAGAGGCCAUCGCAGCGGCCGUUGCGUGCUGGGACGCCGAUGUCGUUCAGCUCACCAUCGACGUCCAGGCCGCGGGAACUGCGUAUCGGGUACCCAAGCGCUCAGGGAGUCUCACUGCGGCGUUGGACAAGGUCCUGGCGGAUUGCAAAACCACCAAACCGUCUUUGCUGAAGGCUUCCGGCAUCUGGCUGUUCUGUCUUAUCCAGCACUGUUCGCAGCUUGAGGAGGUCCACUCGAGACUCAGGGAGUGCCAGGCCGCGUUCAUGCGGCUGCUCAGCGCCAGGGACGAGCUCGUUCAGGAGACUGCGUCGCGGGGCUUGUCUCUGGUGUACGAGAAGGGCGACGCGGCGCUGAGGGGCAACCUCGUCCGCGACCUCGUCUCGGCGUUUACGGGGUCUGGGCCUCAGCUCAAGGUGGAUCAGGAGACGGAGCUCUUCGAUGCCGGCGCCCUCCCCACCGGCGAGGGCAAGUCCGUCACGUCGUACAAGGACAUCGUCAGCCUGGCGAACGAGGUUGGCGACCCGAGCUUGGUGUACAAGUUCAUGUCGCUCGCCACCAAUGCCGCGACCUGGUCGACGCGGUCGGCCUUCGGGCGGUUCGGGCUCAGCAGCAUUCUUUCGUCCUCUGAAGUCGACCCGAAGCUCUAUCCCAAGCUCUAUCGUUACCGCUUCGACCCGAAUCAGAACGUCCAGCGCUCCAUGAAUGACAUCUGGAAGGCGCUCGUCAAGGACUCCAACGCCGUGCUGGAAACGCACUUCGACAGCAUCAUACAGGACCUGCUGAAGAGCAUCCUGGGAAGGGAGUGGCGCGUGCGCGAGGCCAGCUGUGCCGCCGUCUCGGAUCUAAUUUCCGGGAGGCCCUUCCCGGUGUACGAGCGAUACUACAAGGAUAUCUGGACGGCCGCGCUCAAGGUUCUGGACGACGUCAAGGCCACGGUCAGGAACGCGGCGCUCCACCUCUGCAUCGCCCUCUCCACGACUUUGGUCAGGCAACUCGAAGAGUCCGGCUCUACGACCACAGCCCGGGCGAUGAUCAACGAGGCGCUGCCGUUCCUGCUCUCCGACAAGGGCAUCGAGAGCAGCGUCGAGGACGUCAAGCUCUUCGCGACCAUCACCGUCAUGAAGAUCGCCAAGAGCGGCGGCGACGCGCUCAAGCCCUACAUCCCCACCAUGGUCCCGCACCUGCUCGGCCUGCUGAGCACGAUCGAGCCCGAGGCCAUCAAUUACCACUACCAGCGCGCCGGGGACGACAACCGCGAGAAGAUCGACAAGCUGCGCAGCGCCAUGGUCUCGCGCAGCCCCAUCGCCGAGGCAAUCGACAACUGCCUGCGCAGCGUCGACGACGCCGUCAUGGCUGCCCUGGCCCCGAAGCUGCAAGAGUCUAUCAAAUCCGCGCUGGGCAUGCCCACCAAGAUCGGCUGCGCCCGCGUUCUCUCGACCCUCGCCACGCGCCACGCCCUCUCCUUUGCGCCCUAUUCCCAGACCUUCCUCACAAUGAUGGAGAAGCAGACGCUCGACCGCAACGACGAAGUCUCGCAGAACUACGCCCGUGCCGCCGCCUACCUGAUACGGAUCAUCCCUUCUCCGGACGCUAAGACCAACUUCACCAACCGGCUCGUGACGCUUUACCUGACAGCGGAAGACGAGACGCGCAGGCAGAAGAUCGCCGACGCGGUGCUGGCCCUGUCCAAGAUCUCCCCAGACCAUUUCGCGUCGCUCGAGACGGUGCUCUUGCCGUUUGCCUUUCUCGCCAUGCACGACACGGACGAGUCCGCCUACGUCAGCAAGGCGGCGGGCGAGGUGUGGGACACCCACGCCGGCAGCACGCCGCGCACCGUGGCGCGCUACCUGGCCGAGAUUGUCGCGCUCGUCGAGAGAUGUCUUGUUGACACCCCGCAGUGGGCGCUGAAACAUACCGGUGCACUCGCGUGCGCGGCUGUUGUUGAGGCUGUUACUUCUACUAGUUCUAGUAGUAGUGGUAGUCAAGGGAAUGUGGAGAGUGUGAAGAGAGCGGUAUUGUGGCCGGUGUAUGAGCGCGCGCUGGCGCUCAAGACGUUUGAGGGGAAGGAGAAGCUGCUAGAGCAUUUUCCCGACUUUGUCAAGGCCACUACUAGUACUACUACUACUACUACUACUACUACUACUACUACUACUACUAAAGGGGAUGAUGAUGAGAACCUACAGUGGCACAGGCAGUUGGCGGAGCAGACCAAGAAAAUUGCCUUGCGCGAGGCGAGGCGGAAUAAUGACGCCUACCGCCCGCAUGCCUUCCGCUGUCUGUGGCGGGUGGCGGCGGUCAGGGAGGAUGAUCUCGAUAUGCUGUCGGAGAUUGCGGAUGUUGUUGCGCCGUUUGUGGCGGUAGUGGGAGAAGGAGAAGAAGGUGGGGAUGGGGAUGCGAUGGAUGUGGAUAAUACCACUACUACUACGACCAGUACUAGUAAGAGAAAGGGGAAGGGGAGAGCGCACGGGUUGGAUCUCAAAAGCCGCACGACAUGGGCUGCCAUCGAGGCCAUUGUCAAAGGGUAUAACCGCCCCAAGAUGAGGCGGAACCCCACGGCGGUGUUGCGGCAGGUUGUCCUCGCACUGGAAGACGCCGCGGGCAACAACAACAACAAGACCCUCAACGCGCAGCAGUCACCACCACCAUCACCACCAUCACCACCGUGUGUAGCCCGCCCGGAGUAUGCCACCCUCCGCCGCGCCCCGUUCUGGUACGAUUGUGUGCGGGACGUGCUCGAGGAUGCUGCUGCUGCUGCUGCUGGUGACGAUGACGACGCGGCAGCAGCGGCUCCAGAGCCGGCUGAUCAGGUCCGGGAGGUUGUGAUGUGGUUCUUGCGCACGCUAGACCUCUCCUCUGAGGCGGCGGAUGAUGCGGGCACGGGCACGGGCACGGGUACGGAAGAGCAGCGUCUUGCCAGGGCGAGGGCGGCCAAGGUUGUGAUGCGGUUUGGGAUGGUGCGCUUGCGCAUGCGCACUGGGCCUGAUGUUGAUGCGGGCUGGGUGGCGGAGAUGAGGAGUAUGGUGGAUGGGAUGCUGCGGAGGGAGAGGUCGCUUGAUGUGCAGAAGGUGUGGAGGGAGUGUUUGGGGGUUCUUGACGCUUAGUAUGGGAUGUUUCGUAUUUAAGGUAGUAUCUACGGGUUAGAGAAAUUGAAUUGUGUUGGCUUCA